CAUCACUCCACCGACCACACUCGCCGACGCUCGACACAAAAUGUCAGGCCGAGACGCUCGUGAUCGCGCGCCGCGCGUCAAGAACCGCGCGGCCGCUGCGGUGCAGAUCACUGCCGAGCAGAUUCUGCGCGAGGCCCACGACCGUCAAGAAGCCCCGAUCCAGGCGCCCAAGCAGCGUAUCCAGGACCUCGAAGAGCUCGCCGAGUACCAGGGCCGAAAGCGUACCGAGUUUGAGGGGCGUAUCCGCUACUCGCGCGACAGCAUCAUCUCGUGGAUCAAGUAUGCGCAAUGGGAGGCGAGCCAGAACGAGUUUGAGCGCUCGCGGUCGGUGUUCGAGCGUGCUCUCGAUAUCGACAUGCGCCUGCCCGACCUGUGGAUCAAGUACACGGACAUGGAGCUGCGCGCCCGCAACAUCAACCACGCGCGCAACCUGUUCGACCGUGCCGUGACCCUCCUGCCGCGCGCCGACCAGCUGUGGUACAAAUACGUCUACCUCGAGGAGCUGCUGCUCAACAUUCCCGGCGCGCGCCAGGUGUUUGAGCGGUGGAUGCAGUGGGAGCCCAACGACAAGGCGUGGCAGAGCUACAUCAAGCUUGAGGAGCGGUACAACGAGUUGGAUCGCGCCAGCGACAUCUACGAGCGCUGGAUUGGCGUCCGCCCGAUCCCCAAGAACUGGGUGCAGUGGGCCAAGUUUGAGGAGGAGCGCGGCAAGCCCGACAAGGCGCGCGAGGUGUUCCAGACGGCCCUCGAGUUCUUCGGUGACGAGGAGGACCAGGUGGAGAAGGCGCAGCAGGUGUUUGGCGCGUUUGCGCGCAUGGAGACGCGUUUGAAGGAGAUUGAGCGCGCCCGUGUCAUCUACAAGUUUGCGCUCGCUCGUUUGCCAAGGUCCAAGUCUGCCAACUUGUACGCCGCCUACACCAAGUUUGAGAAGCAGCACGGCGACCGCAGCGGCGUCGAGCUUACGGUGCUAGGCAAGCGACGAAUCCAGUACGAGGAGGAGCUGGCGUACGACCCGAGCAACUAUGACGCGUGGUUCUCGCUUGCGCGCCUCGAGGAGGAUGCCUACCGGGCCGAGAAGGAGGACGGAGAGGAUGCGGACCCGACCCGCGUGCGCGAGGUGUACGAGCGCGCCGUUGCCAACGUUCCUCCAGCGACGGAGAAGCGCUUCUGGCGCCGGUACAUCUACCUGUGGCUGCAGUACGCUGCUUUUGAAGAGAUCGACACGCAAGACUACGACCGGGCAAGAGACGUCUACAAGGCGGCUGUCAAGCUCGUGCCCCACAAGGCGUUCACCUUUGCCAAGCUGUGGCUCGCGUAUGCGUACUUUGAGAUCCGCCGAUUGGACGUCAACGCGGCCCGCAAGGUGCUUGGCGCGAGUAUCGGCAUGUGCCCGAAGCCCAAGCUGUUCACUGGCUAUAUCGAGCUCGAGAUGAGGUUGCGCGAGUUCGACCGCGUGCGAAUGCUGUACGAAAAGUUCUUGACAUACGACCCAUCCUUGUCAGCAGCCUGGAUCCAGUGGACACAGGUGGAAGGCGCUGUGGAGGACCUGGAGCGUGUGCGCGCCAUCUUCGAGCUCGCCGUGCAGCAGGAGCUCGACAUGCCCGAGAUUGUGUGGAAGGCGUACAUCGACUUCGAGGCCGGCGAGGGCGAGCGCGAACGCGCAAGGCAUCUGUACAACCGCCUCCUGGAGCGCACCGGCCACUACAAGGUGUACAUCUCGUAUGCCCUCCUGGAAGGGUCGACGCUUGGCGGUGGCGAGGACGAGGACGGCAAUGAGAUCGAGGGCGAGGAGGGCGACCCGGAGCGCGCGCGUGCCGUCUUCGAGCGUGGUUACAAGGACCUGCGUGCGCGGGGAGAGAAGGAGGACCGCGCACUUCUUCUCGAGGCCUGGGACACGUUCGAGCAGGAGCACGGCUCCGAUGCCGACCGGGCACAUGUGGCUGAGCUCAAGCCGCAGACACGGAAACGCUGGCGCAAGGCCGAGGACGGGUCUGGAAACCUGGAAGAGUACUGGGACCUCGUGUUCCCCGACGACGAGCGGGAUGCCAACCCGACGGCGUUCAAGUUCUUCCAGGCUGCCGAGCAGUGGAAGGCGCAGCAGGCCAAGACCGGCGCUGGCGGCGGUCUGUCGUACGACAUCGACAGCGACGACAGCGACGACGACGACGACAGCGAUGACGAGGCGGCCGAGGGGGGUGAGGGUGUCGACGGCGCGAUGGACGAGGACGACGUCGAGUAGCAUUAGUCUGUAUGGUAUGCAUCCUUUCAUACAUUGUCCAUCGUAGUACAGAGAUCAAUUACAGCUCGGCGGUGCCAGAGCCGCCGCCAGCGCCGCCCUUGCCACCAGCACCUCCCUUGCCUCCAGCGCCGCCAGCGCCGCCCUUGCCGCCCUUACCCCCCGCGCCGCCCUUGCCUCCUCCGCCUCCGGCUCCACCUCCACCACCAGCGCCGCCCUUGCCUCCGCCGCCGCCGGCUCCGCCGGAACCGCCACCAUCGCGGCCCCCGAGGCCGCCCUUGCCGCCCUUGCCUCCGCUUCCUCCGCCGGUGCCGGCGCCAGGCGCGCCGUCCGCGCCGUCCGCGCCGUCGAGACCAGUGUUCCGGCCGUUGUUGUCACUUGCGAGCGCGACGACGGGCGUGGUGGCUGCGAGGGCCAUGAUUGAUGUGAUGAGUGCGAUGGAGAAGCGCAUGGCUGGGUGGGUUGGGGCUGGGUUGUUGUUGUUGUGGUCGUCUGUGGCAGGCGGGCGGUGGGUACACGUGCAGUUGUGUGAGUUUGAGUGUGCACAGACCGGCGCGGCGAGCAGAGCAGUGGCGAUGAUGACACGUCGUGAGCUGCACAGAGAGAGCUUAUAAGUCCACC